CAUCACUGAUUACCCUCCUUAUGUCUGCAAAUGCAGCGUCUUUCCACACUUUCCCUCAACUGACCCCUCAAGAGAAAACUGAUAUAAGACGUGUAAAGGGCCAGAUAUCUUGCGCGGAAUGUAGAAGACUCAAACUAAAAUGUGACAAGAAGACGCCAUGUAGCUCCUGUCUUCGGAGAGGAUGCGGAUCGGUGUGUCCAACCGGGACGCUCACUAAUACCCCUGGAAAACGAAUGGUAGUUUCUGACACUACUGCGCUCCAUAAGAAGAUCGAAGAAAUGGGCCAGCGUAUCCGUCAACUCGAGGAUGCUCUCGCUAUCUUGCAAAGUUCCAUAUCCGCCGAACGGCAUCCUCUCCUCCGGGAGGAAUACCUAAAGAUCAAGUUUCCCCCAGCGCUUUCAGAUACAAACCUCGUCAAGGAAGAGAAGGAGGGCUCGAAUUCCCAAGAUGUGGAAUUAUCCGAUGCACUGGGGACGCUCACACUUGGAGAGUACGGCGAUACGAGGUAUCUGGGGAGAUCAGCCGGGUCUGAGAGUCUUCUAGGUGUAGCGGCUGAGUUACAUACAACUGAAUCCAGACCAACAAGUUAUACGUUCGUCUCCGAAGAAGUAGCCCAACUUUCGUAUUCUUUCCCGUUCGGUGGGGGCACCUGGAACGUCCCACAUUCACUUAGAUUGAUACUAAGUUUUCUACCACCCAAGCUACGAGCUUGGUCUCUCUGCGAAACCUACCUGGCUCAAGGAACGAUCACAACAAAAGUUGUGCUUCGGGACGAGCUAAUUGACGAAAUUCUUACACCCGUGUAUCGAUACGUUGAAUCAUUCGCUUCAAAUGAAGAUCAAGACGAAGAAGCAAUUCCUGUCUCCCCACAUCGUCUUGCUAUACUCUAUCUUGUCUUUGCACUUGGAUCUCUUUGGGACCUCACUAUACCCCCGUAUAGCGUUGAAGCAGAAAACUUUUUUGAAUUAGGGCGGGCAUGCCUUUCCCUACGCAACGUUUUUGGCUCGCUGGAGAUAGGGACAGUGCAAGCAUUGGCAUUAGCGAGUUUGUAUCACUCCCAUGGCGGACCUAGGCUUUCACCCGAGACUGCUUGGUGUUUGAUGGGGUUGUGUGCGAGAUUACUUUACAGGCUAGGACUCCAUUCAGAAAGCCCACAAUGGCACCUAGAACCCAAACUUGUUCAGCGUCGCAGGACUCUAUUCUGGGAGAUUUUCACGCUUGAUACAUUCUUCAGCCUGAAUCUCGGGAGACCACCUUCGAUGAACAUAUCAUUCGUAGACUGCCCUCUCCCCGAUGAGGACCCGACUAUGGACGAGGAACGAGAAAGAUGUAUGCGUUGGGGAUGGAAGUUCGCCAAAGAUGUGGUUGUAUCUGUUUCUGCCGCAACGCUGACUCCAAAGAUUCCUGAAUACGAUGUCAUACUCGAAUUGGACAAAAAGCUCCGGCAACAAGGAAUGCCGCCUGAUUAUAACUACGCAACAGAUACCUGUUUCCAGCCGAGAGGAUUGUUAAUGAGCGCUUUUACAUGGUUGCACAUCCACCGGUCAUUCUUUGUCAAAGCUAUACUUGACUUCCCCCACAACCCUAUGAGCAGUCCUUACGCGCCAUCAUUCUUGGCCGCUUACAGGGCUGCCACGAUGAUCAUCCAGCUGGAUGUGAAGUGGUUUUCCAAACAUCCAGCAUUGAUGAGCAGAUCCUUUAUGAUUUUCAAUAGCUUAUUCACUGCCGGGGUGGUUGUUGGAUCAAUUGUCACUCGUUGCCCCAACUCUCCUCUGGCAUCAAGGGCCUUCAUAGAGCUCGGGCUUACUGUUGAGAUGUUCUCAAUGAUGCACGAAUGCUCAAGUCGUGCUAGAGCUGCACACACCAUUCUCAAGAAAUUUCACGACAAGGCGGGGCGAACAUUCAGCCUGACGAAGGGACAAGGACAAACCCAGGCUGUGGAAGAUCUCGGUGACUUUGGAAUUCCUCUAGAUGACGAGCUAGAGAUAUUUGCUGGGUACACGAAAUUAAGGAUGAGCAAAACUCUGUCAGGACGUACUCCUGAUGGUAUGUCGUGCUCGCCAAACAAGGAUGGAGCUGGCAGCAAGUCAGAAUCUUUAGGUGAAAGUGGGAGCAAGGUCAGAGGCGUGUCUUCGUCACCACAAGACGAGAUCUUGGCUACUUACGGUGGCGAUCCGUUUACUCUGUCCAUGUUUUCGACGGCCGGGCACGUUCAACAGUGUGAGCCCGUUGAAGCUCCAGCGAUGGGUGUCUAUCCUGAAUCUGAUACGAACAUGGGCGGCUGGAGCCCAAUGUUUCCUACCUCAACCGCGGAGAUGUCGAUGGCAGGUGAUUCUGGUAUGGAAGCACAGUGGCUCAUGUUCAUGCAGAGCGAGGGUAUUCUAGAUGGGAACGGUUAUUUGAAUACGUCCACAUCGUAGCAUAGAAUACAUUUGUUCCGAUUUGAAGAACGUCCAAGAAACCUUUGCAGAAAGUAUGUUAUUCACCACGACCAUCAUUUCAGCCGGCAUACGGGGUCUUGAGGUCUCGCGGAGUAGAGGUCUUUGUGAGGUUCAGAGGCGUAGCGAUUGCCACGAUCUGGUUCUAUUGCGAUGAAACCUGGCUUGCGAACACCCAGUAUUCCCCAUGAGGGAAGACAGACGAGGCGAGAUCCAGGCAUGACAUACACCGCACAAGGAAAAGUGUGCGAACGACAUCUAUCUUGGUCUAGAGCGCCAAGCGUCGUCCAACUGGUCUAUAUAACCCUGCACCUCUUUCACUGCAUUUUUUCGGUCUCUUCGCGCGGCUUCCCAAGUAGGCUCGGGCGAAACAGCAUCUAAGCGCAGCAGAGAUUGCAGGAGCAAUUCUGAGAGACGCAUAUGCUCUUUCUCCGUUGGAUGAUUGACGAACGAUUGCAGGUCCAGUACGAGAGUGGAACGAACAGAGCUGAGUUCAUCGACGAUACGAGUAACAGUAUUCUGUUCUGAUUUGGAUAUCGAUGAAGUAGCAGGGGUAGGGACGGUGACUUUGGGUAUAAUGGCUAUCGUAGAAUUGUGUUUGAUAUGAUACGCAGAUACUGAACGUGUUCGACGUGAGUGCGGGCGGUAAAGAGAAGGGGAAGUGACUCGCACGGGGAGCAUUAUCGUCCUUCAUAACAGCACCUUUGUGAAUCAUUUUGAAUUCAUUGCAGCCAGUCCAGUCCUUCACAAUCUGUUUCAGCGCUGCAAGUUUUUCAUCGUAGCCCGGGGGGUUCGUCAACACUCGACGGUCGUUGCCGCAUGUGAGGGUAAGAGGCA